AUGGCGACCUCGGCGGCCUCGCAGCCGCCCCUCAAGGGCAUCUUGAAGAACAAGACGUCGGGGGCUUCCACGGUGGGCGUCACGCCCCAAGAGUCUCGCCAGAAAGUGGAGGAGGAGAUGAAUAAGAAAUCCCAGAAGUGGGAUGAGAUGAACAUCCUGGCGACCUACCACCCGGCAGGCAAGGACUACGGGUUCAUGAAGGUGGACGAGCCAGGCACGCCCUACUUCACCCUGAUGGACGACGACCCCGACGUCUUCUCGGAUCCCAAGGCCUCCUCGGGAGGCAUGGUGAGCCCGGCCCUCCUGGCGCAGAAACUCUCGGCGGCCGUGGGCUCCGAACCCAAGUUCCUCCUGCGGCAGCGGGAAGGCAGCAGCACCGACGAGGAGGGCGGCCUCUCGCCCCAGGACCAGGAGAAGAGAGAGAAAUUCGAAACGCAGCGCAAGCUGCACUACAGCGAGGGACUGAGCAUCAAACUGGCCCGACGGCUGCUCUCACAAGAACUCUUCGAAGAUGACGACGAAGACGUGGGGUCUGGGACUGCGGAAGGGGGGACGACGAGCAGCAGCGCCAAAGCCAAAGCCGGAGCCUCCUCGUCCAGUCCCGGGUCGACCUCAAAGGAAAAACAGCGGAGCAAAUCACCCAGUUCCUAG